UCGGCUGUGUCCACCAGCAGUAAGUUAAAAGGACCCCUUGUUUUUAAAACUUUUUUACUUGCAUUGCUACGAGAGAAUUGGAUCAACAGAAACACAGAGGAUAGAGAGAGAUGGGCAGUGAGAAGAAGCAGGUGAUGGUAGCAAUAGACGAGAGCGAGUGCAGCCGGUACGCGCUCCAGUGGACUCUUGACAAUCUAAGCCAAACCAUAGACGACAACUCACAACUUGUACUCUUUACUGUACAGCCCAUUUCUGAAUGCACUUAUGCUUAUGCUUCCUCUUUUGGUGCUGCCCCUCCGGAAUUGAUUAGGUCUAUUCAAGAAAAUCAGAAUAAGAUUGCAUCGACUCUCUUAGAGAAAGCUAAGCAAAUCUGCGCCAACAACGGGAUUGUUGCAGAAACGGUGACAGAAGUUGGGGAUCCUAAAGUGGCAAUAUAUGAAGCUGUGGAAAAGCUCAACAUUCAAUUACUUGUACUGGGCAGCCAUGGCCGUGGAGCUAUAAAAAGAACUACUGUGCAUGCAUGUGUGUCUGGGAAUUGGUUUCAUUCCGGUAUUUCUUUUAUUUUCAAAUAAGAAAAUUAUGGUCAAUUUAUACUGAGAAGACAUGGUGUAUUGCACAAACAAAAAAUGUCGAUUAGAAUUGUUAUGUACAGUUUUCUGUUUUGAUAGAACAUGGAAAAAACUUUUCAUUUGAUAGAUGGUAUAAAAGGCAGGGGCAGUUUGGGUCCAAUGUCCAGUGGCAUUGGACCCGUUGUUAGACAUGUGUCACCAUCCAACCGGGUGCAGUGCACUGGACCUAAUCUGGAUCCAUAAAAGGCUGAGGAAACUUAAUUAUGCCUUUGAAAAGGAUAAUUAAGUAUUAGUUGUUGGUGUGGUACAAGUCAAUUCCUUUCAGCUCAAUUAUACUUGAAUCAGAAGUACUAAACAUCGACAAUACACCAAUAUAUGCAUUGUCUUUUGUCUGCUCAAUUUACCAAAAUGGUGGGAAAAGUUUUAAGAUGCAUGACAAGUUGUGACAAAAACUGUAUAAUAAGUUGUAAUCUUAACAUUGUUCAUGCAAUAUUUAAUGGAAAAUGUUAAUGUCAUCGUAAGGUGUUUGUUAAGGAUGAUUUAUUGUGGAAUCUACUUAAUAAAAAAUUGGUAUAAAUUGAUGAAAUGACUUAAAAUAAUACUGAAGUGACAAGUGAAACUCAAAAAGUUGGCUUUAUUGACUCUAUACCCUAUAAAAUUGAUCAAAAAUCUAACUAAAAGUUAGCUUUAUUAACAUAAAGUUGUUUCUUAACGAGCACCUUGCGAGGUGUCCCGUUAACACUACCCAUAUAUUAUAGGAUAACUACAACAUAAAAAGUUGGACAUAAGUUGGGAGUGUUUGGAAACUCUAGAAUUAAUAACUAUUUAUCAAUCUUACGAAAAGGGAAAAACUAUUUUUAUAUUUCACUAUUGUUAUAAAGUGUAUAAUGUAGUUCCAAAGUGGCAAAAAUUAGACACAUUUUUACCUAUAAUGUACACUUCAUAUCAUACUAUUCAUGUAUGUUUUAGGAAAAAACAACUUAUAUGUGAUAAGUUGAGCUUGUUGGUGGUCUAUAACUUACCCGAAUUUUAUUUGGAUGACCUUUUUUUUUGCGUAUGUUAUUUCUUACAUUGAUUGCAGAUCGUGAUCCUAAUGUUUGCUCAUUUAAUGUGGUAAAAUGGCAUGUGAUAUAGGAUGUUCACGAAAUGGUCUGUUUGGAUACAACUUAUUUUUACUGAAAUUGAAAAACUGAAAACACUGUAACAAAAUAAUUUUUAAAUGGGUGAAUAGUGUUGUAAGACUCGUGAAUAGUACGUGAACAGUGCCUUUUGUCUCCUGCACAGUGCUCACAUGUGAUGUUACUGUUCACAUGCUGAAAAAAAAAAAAGGAGGGGGGGGGGGGG